ACGCUUGAUUUUCCCCUGCGUUGAAGCUUUCCACCGCCCGCUUUUCUUUUCUUUUCUUUUUUUUCUUUCUCCGAAGUAUUGCUUCGUCAGUAGCUUCUCCAGUCCCUUUAUCAAAGCGAGACGUUGAUAGCUCUCGAUAGAAGAACGCUCGCUCGAUCGAAGAAGAACCGUGCCGAAAGAAAGAAAUCUACUUGGCUUGCGACGAUGGCUCGUGGAAGUUUUUGCUGCUCGACCACCACGGUGGUGCUGCUAGUCGCGGCAUUCUUGCCGCUGCUGUGUGGAGCUCAAACUUUCCCAGCUCCGGCACCUGGACUGGCCUAUGGAUUCUACAACACCUCCUGUCCCAGCGCCGAGAGCACCGUCCAGCAAAUGAUGCAGUCCAUUCUCACCUCCAACAUCUCCGAGGCCGCUGGGAUCAUCCGGCUCUUCUUCCACGACUGCUUCGUCCAGGGAUGCGAUGGCUCGCUUCUCAUCAAUGCUACCAACGGGGAGCUCUUCUCGAUCCCGAACUUGACCAUUCGUCGCUCUGCUAUUGCCAUCGUGGAGCAGAUCAAGGCGAGAUUGGAGUCGGCCUGUCCGAACACUGUCUCUUGCUCGGAUAUACUCGUCUUGGCUGCUCGAGAAUCCGUGACCCAGGCUGGAGGACCAUCGUUUCCUGUUCCAACCGGACGUCGCGACGGCACCACCUUCGCCAGUAACCAGACUGUUCUCAGCUUCAUCCCGGCUCCCAGCUUCAACUUCUCACAGCUUAACUCCUCCUUCCAGACCAAAGGCUUGAACGAAGCGGACUUAACAGCUCUCUCAGGAGCUCACACCAUCGGAAUCGCGCACUGCUCGGCCUUCAUUGGGAACCUGUAUCCCAACGUCAGCUCCCGUUUCAACUCUUCCUUUGCACAGACCCUGUUGCAGUCCUGCCCAAGCAACACUUCCAACAACGUCGUCAACAUGGACCUGGUCACCCCGAAUGCCUUCGACAGCCAGUACUUCAGCAACGUUCUCUCUGGCUCCGUCGACUUCGACUCGGACGCUGCUCUUCUUAACAGCACCACCACGCAGAGCAGCGUGCAGGCUUUCGCAGCGAACCAGACCCAGUUCUUCAACCAGUUUGCCGUGAGCUUCAUCAAGAUGAGCAUGAUCGAGGUCCUGACCAACUCGAGCGGGAACAUUCGCAAUGUCUGCUCGGUCUUCAACUCCAACAGCAGUAGCACUAUUAGCCUGAACUCGUCCCCUGAGAACCUUGUCGAGCAAGUGUGAGAUUCACAUUAUUUGGCAAUAUCUACAAGCGAGACUUUCAUCA